UACACCGGGCCUCCUCAUCAGACACCUGAACCUUCCCAUCUGUCACUCCACCAAAAACACCAUCCCCACUCCUAGGUACUGCCUCAAUACAACAACCAUGACGAUGUCUACGAUGACAGUCUCCCCCACCGACCAGCCCGCCUCUCUGACCAAAAAGUUUUGCGCCGGAGUCGCCUGCGCAAAUACCGCUGGCACGCUGCAAUGCCCCACCUGCCUCAAGUUGGGCAGCGCUAAGGCCUUUUUCUGCUCACAAGACUGCUUCAAACGCUCGUGGGUUAGUCCAGCACCCUCUCCCCCACAUGCGCAUUUUGGUCCGCUGGCUAACCGGCCGGCUUGCGCGUUUCGCGGGUCGCCAACAGAGUGAACACAAAGCCCUGCACAAGCCCGCCUACCGUAAGACUCCCACCUUGCUCCAGUCCCUCAAAGACGCAUUCAGUUCACCAACGCCGCUUCCCACGGACCCAGAGUCUGGCAGCUUCGAUCCGUUCCCAGACUUCAGAUAUACCGGAACCCUCCGGGCCGCCUACCCUCUCUCGGCGACUAGAAAACUGCCUGAGCAUAUCCCCCGUCCCGACUACGCUGCCGAUGGCAUUCCGAGAAGCGAAUACACCACCUCCUCGCGGAAAAUUACGAUUUUAGAUGCAAAGGGGAUCGAGGGCAUGCGCACUGUGUGUCGGCUUGCUCGGGAGGUGCUCGAUAUUGCCGCCGCUGCUGUCGCCCCCGGCGUCACCACCGACGAGAUCGACGAGAUUGUGCAUAAAGCGUGUAUAGAGCGCGAUAGCUACCCCUCUCCCCUAAACUACAACCACUUCCCUAAGUCCGUGUGCACAUCCGUCAACGAGAUCAUCUGCCACGGCAUCCCCGACAGCCGCCCGCUCGUCGACGGCGACAUCAUCAACAUCGACGUAACGCUGCACUACAAAGGCUACCACGGCGACCUGAACGAGACGUACUACGUGGGGACGCCUUCGCCGUCGUCGAUCCGCGUCGUCGAAACCGCGCGAGACUGUCUCAACGCCGCGAUCGACCUGGUAAAGCCCGGCAUGCUCUUCCGGGAUCCCGGCAAUGUUAUCGAGCCCCUCGCCAAAGCCCGCGGGUGCAGCAUCGUGCGCACCUACUGCGGCCACGGAAUAAACGAGCUGUUCCACUGCGCCCCCAACGUGCCCCACUACUCGAAGAAUAAGGCUGUCGGCGCCGCAAAGGCCGGAAUGUGCUUCUCCAUCGAGCCCAUGGUAAAUCUGGGCACCUGGAGGGACAAGACUUGGCCCGAUCAGUGGACUAGUGCUACGGUGGAUGGACAGAGGAGCGCGCAGUUCGAGCAUACGCUGUUGGUCACCGAGGAUGGCGUCGAGGUGUUGACCGCGAGGAAGGCGGAUUCGCCGGGUGGGCCGGUGCCGAUUCCCGAGGAAGAGUUGAAGGCGGUGGUGCCGAGGAAGGGUGGAGACUAGCAGACAGAUGAUUGUAUUUGUCGCAUGCAAUACAAUGUAUAGGCUAGGCCGGAGUUUAAGAUGGUUUUAUAUGUGUAACAUGGGAUACCAGUUUUGCUACCACGAUGUUGAACCGCAGUGUGGGGAAUUUGUGUUAUCUGUCCUGUCCUGUCCAAUGCCAAUAUUGUGAAGCUCGAACACGCUGUAGUUCUGUUCCGCUUUUCCUGUAAUAAAGGUGUUCAUCGAAAG